AUGUUCCAAAACACGUCUCCAGAAAAAGCGAUCACAUUCACGCGAUUUUGCCUGGCACUCUCAUUAUUCUUACCACUUUCUUCUAGAGCUACUAAGUUACAGACGAUCUGUUACAAGAGUCUCAAGUUUAUAGUAGUCCUGAGCUCCUUCUUUCUCUUUCUGCCCAUAAUAAACAGUUUGUGCAUGUACCAAGAUCCUACGAAUGUCUCCCAAUCCGUCUGCUUCUUGAUGGGAGAGUUCCAAUUAAUCUCGAACACCAUUAUUGGCACCGUUCAAUACGAUCGUUUACAGGAGGUGAUAGAAGUGAUGGAAGCUUGUUGCAAAAACGCAACCUUGCACGAGAAAGUGGUGUUCCAAAGGUACAUCAAUACGUACUCCCCGUUCUACGGUUCAUCAGCGAUAUGGUUCUAUGUGACGGGGAUGAUCCUCAUAUUGGGUACACUCGUCUCAUCCGAGCCUUUUCCAACAAACGCCGAAUAUCCGUUUCCAGUGGAUUACCAACCCCUCGAGACCAUAGUAUUCCUGCAUCAAUCGCUUGUUCUCAUCCAAUGUUGCGCCCACGCGUGUAUCAAUAUGUUCUGUGCCUUUCUCCUACUAUUCGCUGCAGCCCGCUUCGAGAUCUUGAAAAUGGAGCUGCGGGAGGUUAUGAAUAUCGAACAGUUCGUAAUGUGCGUGGAGAAAUAUUAUACCGUGAAAAGGUACGCGAAGCAAGUGGUCAGCGUCGUGAGGCUGGAAGUUUUGUGCAUGCUAGUUCUGAGCGCUAUAGCAGUAGUGUUUUGCGGUAUUAUCCUGAUCCAACCACAGCCGCUCGCUACGAAAGGUCAAUAUUUGCCUGUGGUUGGAACUGCUUUGCUGGAGGUUUUCGUGAUUGCCUGGCCUGCAGAUCAUCUGUUGGACAUGAGCGAAAAUGUUAUGCACGAGAUAUAUAAAUCGAAGUGGUACGAUCAGGAUGUGAGGAUGCAGAGGGACGUCAGAGUCAUGAUGUUACCCCAGAAGGCUGUGGCCAUUAAAGUCCCCUGCCUCAUCUCGACUCUAUCGUUGAAUUACUUUUGCUCGUUCAUCUCUAAUGUAUUCUCCUUGUUCUCCGUUUUGCGUAUCGCUAUUCUAAAAGAUGGGUGA